UGCUUUUAAACUCAUCUGCUGUGAUCCUUCUAAAAAAUCGCCUACAAGUCAGAGGCAUUUUACGUGCGAGGCUACAUUUACCCCUCUCCUUCGACAUUUCACCCUCUCCGCUUUACGCAAUGUAGGCCUAUCCAUGAAGAAACAGUAAUGUGUUAAAUGUUAAAAAUACCAAUUCGCCGAAUUUCUCAUGCUGAAAGAGGACUCCGCAACUCGCGUGCACGGCUCUGGUGCGUCUGUGCAAUAGACUCUGAAAAGAAAACUAUUAAUUUACAGUUGGAAACACGUCGCUGCAAAAAGGACAUUGAAAACCUAUUUUUUAACUUUAAGACAAAUACGCUUAAAAAGCAAACUGGCUCACGUUCUUCCAAACCAACCCAGUUUGACAGCUGCUCUUCACCCCCUUUGGAGGACUGUCGGCAGCAAGAGGAUGGCAUCAGAACUGGCAAUGAGCAACUCCGACCUGCCCACCAGUCCCCUGGCCAUGGAAUAUGUUAAUGACUUCGAUCUGAUGAAGUUUGAAGUGAAAAAGGAGCCGGUGGAGCCCGAUCGCAACAUCAGCCAGUGCAGCCGCCUUAUCGCCGGGGGAUCCUUGUCUUCCACCCCGAUGAGCACGCCUUGCAGCUCGGUGCCCCCUUCUCCAAGCUUCUCGUCGCCCAGUCCGGGGUCGGGGAGCGAACAGAAGGCACACUUGGAGGAUUUCUACUGGAUGUCCGGUUAUCAACCGCAGUUGAAUCCGGAGGCGCUGGGCUUCAGCCCCGAAGACGCAGUUGAGGCGCUGAUCAACAGCAGUCACCAGCUCCAGUCCUUCGAUGGCUAUGCUAGAGGGCAGCAGUUUGCCGGCGGAGCCGGAGGAGGAGGCACCAUGGGCGGGGAAGAGAUGGGCUCUGCCGCGGCGGUGGUGUCCGCAGUUAUCGCCGCCGCAGCAGCCCAGAACGGGGGGCCCCACCACCACCAUCACCACCACAACGGCGGCCACCAUCACCAAUCACCCGGGGUCUCGUCCAACGGCAGCUCCGGAGGAAACCACCCACACAUGGGACAUUUGGACGACCGGUUUUCGGACGACCAGCUGGUGGGCAUGUCGGUGCGGGAGCUCAACCGGCAGCUACGGGGAGUCAGCAAGGAAGAAGUGAUCCGGCUGAAACAGAAGAGGAGGACCCUAAAGAAUAGAGGCUAUGCGCAGUCCUGCCGCUACAAGCGGGUGCAGCAGCGGCACGUCCUGGAGGGCGAGAAGACGCAGCUCGUCCAGCAAGUCGACCACCUCAAGGCGGAGAUCUCCAGGCUGGCCCGGGAGAGGGACGCAUACAAAGAAAAAUAUGAGAAGCUCAUCAGCAACGGCUUCAGAGAAAAUGGAUCCAGCAGUGACAACAACCCUUCCUCCCCGGAGUUUUUCAUGUCAUCCAGAAAAUUCCUCCAUCUGUGAUCGAGAGCCUCGCCCCUCUGCGCCCUUGGUCUUGAUGUCUGAGAUAACCUGGCGACUGAACGCUGAUGACUUAAGAGUGACUGACCAAUGGCAUGAGGAACCUCACAAAGCACAACAACAUUUAAAGAUGACUUCACUGGAGAAGAAGAAAAGACCCCCUAAAAACCUUGUAGAGAAAUGCUUCAGAGCCUCUUCCUACUCCCACUUCCCUCUCCGCUAUUUUACCUCCAGCUUUUUUGUAAGAAAACAAAAACAAAAACAAACAAAACACUGACUCAAAUGAUGAAUCAAGAUGAUUGACAACAUCAGAAGAAUAUUAUGGGAGAAACCAUUUCCUUUGUAUGGGGGGGAAUCAAACUUUGAUGCAUGUUACUGUAAGUAGUUCAUCUAAAUCCUUUUCCCCCAAGUGGGAUCCUCCACUAAGAAGACUCGUCCAAAUCCAGUGGUCCUGAUUUAGGAUAAAAUACACAAGCAACCCACCUCCUCCCUCUGAAAUCCCUUACUCUAUCUUCCCUAUCAGAGGUCAUUGUAACUACCAUUGACAAUAUGUUCCUCGUUUUAGAGAACUUACUUCCUGUAUCAUGUUGGAGUUAGUUGGACUGUAAGACUACUAUAAUGUAUACUAUUUGCAUAAUGAACCAGUCUUCCUUUCCAAUGGACAUGAGUGAUGUACUAUAGCAUGGAUCUGACUUUACUGUAUUCCUCAGUAUGCUUGUAGAUCACAAAACUCAUAAUUGUGGAUAGUACAACAAUUACACCAUUUUAAUCCUAGAUUCCUAUCUUUACCAGGCAGUAUUAACUUACUGUAUACCAAGUAGGGCAUUUUGUUGACCUGUAUAUUUGACUAAAUGCAUAGAAAUGCAAGUAAUAGCUCAUUGUAUUAUUUGAAUACCUGCAGACAUAUUAGGGAAACAUUUCUGUCUAUAAAGACAAUGGGCCUGUGACUGAGUCAUAUAGCGUUGACUAUAUUAUGAAGGUAUAACCCAGAAUAAAGUCUUAGAGAGUAAACAUACUAUAGUAUCCUCAGCAGGGGCCCCGCUGCAUCUAUGUCAUGUGUCAACCUGAGAUCCGUGGGGGGCCAAUCUUGUAUUUUGUUUGUUUCUUUGUUGUUUCCUCAUCCCUUUUGAAUAGCUUGUACCAAUGGCCCCUCUGGGCUCUGUACUGUGGCCUCUCUCAUGGAUCUCUCAUAGGGCAACACAUGUCCUCAGCUAAGGCAGGUGUCUCUAUCUCUCUCUCCCACAUCACCUGGCAUGGUUUACCCAGGGGCUUCUCUGUAUGACCAACAAGGAGAACGGAACAUCACAGUAUGAUUUCAAGGUUGCAGAAACCAUAUUGACUUUUGACCUAUCUCAAACGGUCUACUGAAGACAUAACAACAACCAGACAAACUACAGCUGGUGGUGCAAGAGAGGAUACUGUGCAUGGAACGCAACGCACGCAAGAUAACCUGAAAGCAUCUUCAUCCUCUUGCAUCCUCUACCUAUCGAUGUGCUUCCAGGACAAACCUGAUACCUAAACAGCCCCUCGCCUGCUCCCACAAUCCUCUCUGCUCCUCCUCUCGCCCAUCCCAGAGACUCGUGAGGCGAGCGCCAGUUGAUCUGUUUAUAAACGUUACGGAUGGACGCUCAUCGUGACGGUUAAAAACAAACAAACACAUACACAUACACACGCACAUACACCCACCCACACAUACAUAAACACUCUCAAAGGGAGACAAGUGGAAUACAGUGGUGUAUGUAUGUAUAUUCUGUAUGUAUAGAACCCUCAGCUGUAAGUAGUACAUGUUGACAUGUUGAUGAAAAUAUGCAUUGUGAUCAUAAUACCUACCGUAGACAGGCUGGUGGCCGUUGAUUCAGACAGAGGAAGAGACACUCUCUCUAAUCCGAUGGAAGCACUCUAUCCUAUGUUUUCAGGGUACAUACUCUAAGUUUCCUUAAUGACAGAAAAUAUAAUGUGAUGGAAAUACUGUUCCUUUUAAAAAGGACCUCCUAAGCAAAACCACCGAGCUGAAUGGGUUUUAAGCACUUUGAUGGGAUGCAUAACCCCCCCCUUUGAUGUCAGAAAGAACCUGGCCAGAGUGAGAGAGCAGGGGGUGUGGAGGGUGUAGGGGGCAAGGGGAGGGAGGGAGGGCAAACUGGGGCGCUCCAAUUAAGUGGCAGUGCACAAAGUGGCGUGGGGCGCCCUGCCAGGAACUGUCUAUUCAUCCUAUGUCAAAGGGAUUUACACAUCUCAAUGAGUCAAGAGCACUGCCAGGGCCUAGCAGCAUGAUGAACAAGGGAGGAGAGGAAUACAGGAAAAGAGGAGUGCAGAGGAAAUGAGAGAUAAAGGCAGAGAUGUAGAUCGACAGAGAGGAGAGAGAAUGGCAGAAAUGUAGAUUGACAGAGAGGAGAGAGAACAGCAGAGAUGUAGAGUGACAGAGAGGAGACAACAAGGAAACAAUGUGACAAUGUUGAAGUUAAAUGGUUCCCACAUUUAGGAAUGAAGGGCAGCAUUUCAGACAAAACCCAACAUUCUCUCAGCUAGAUCUGACCAGACAAAAUCUGCUCUUCUCUCAGGUCAUCUCCACAACUUCUCUCCUACCCUUCAGCCACAGAGUUCACUGACCCCUCCACCCCAGCUAGUGCCACUUCCCCACAGCCCUUUGACCUCACGUCCUAUCUGGCGUUGACUCUGUGUUAAUGAACAAUAGCUCUAAGCUUAACCAGAUGUUCAGGCUAGCCGUUAAAUACCUGUUGCCCUUCCACCCCAGCGAUUCCUUUAUCCUUCCCCAGUGCAGCUGCACUCUCCCUGGGCUGGGCUCCACGUGCUUCAGCCCCUCUAUGGAGGGGGCCUCCACACAACCUGACUCUGCUCUGAUCUGCUCUGCUGUCAUCAUCUAACAAUAGCAGUGCUCACUGACUGAUGAAUCAUGGCUUUAACAUAGGGACUGAUGAGGAUUGAUGAGGAUUCAUGGGCUUCGGUGAUGACAGGUCUGAUGCCAGGGGUGUUGAUGGUAUGGCAGAGACAUCAUAAUGAAGCAACUAUUUGGGUUUACAUUGGCUUAUAUUGUAUGUUUCAUAAAAUUAUACACAGACCAAUCAAUGCAAGUGAAUCAUGUACAGUGGCUCUCCAGUGUAAAGUAUUACCAAACCCAAAACAAUAUUUAACAGUGGAUUAAACAAUGGGAAGACAUCAGAGACGGAGAGGGAUGGACAUAGACUGUGACCAGGGACAGUUAAGGAAGAGUUGGCCCCAUUAGGAAAGUAGAGUAGAGAUAGAAACCAGUUCAAUUUGGUAAACCAUCUUCUUCCCUUCUCCCCCGUCUGUGUGUGUGUGUGUGUGUGUGUGUGUGUGUGUGUGUGUGUGUGUGUGUGUGUGUGUGUGUGUGUGUGUGUGUGUGUGUGUGUGUGUGUGUGUGUGUGUGUGUGUGUGCGUGCGCCUGCCUGCCUGCCUGCCUGCCUGGUGGGGAAGCAGUAGUAGUAAAAGGCGUUUGAUGUGUGUAUUAGCGCCCGUCCUUGCGGUCAGCGCGUACACAAACACAACAUCAAAAGGAGGAUGGGAGCGGCGCUGCUACCUGGCUCUGUGGUGAUAAGUUAAUGCAGAUCUGUUAGGCAGAAACAUAUUAAAGGAUGAAGAUGUCAGUCACACACACGGCAGGAGACAUCACGUUGAGCUACUGUUGAUGUCCUCCCGAGUUUGAAGCUUUCUGAUUUCGCCAAUAUGAAGCAAAACCAUUUUUCUGAGGAGUUAAAGAAGGUAUAAGUGACAGAGACAGUUGUGAUCCCCCCUCGCCUGUUUGAAGAACACGGUUAGUGUGUUUUUCACUGAGAUAAACUAGCAGACUGCACACAUGCCGUUUUAUCAGAGUAUGACCCUGACCACAACAUUUCCCAGAAGCCUCAGUGUUAUUCACAGGUUUUUGUAGACGCUCACACAGUCACACGCAUGCACACAUGCUCUUAUACACAAACACUUACACACACACACACACACACACACACUCACACACACACCCGUACACACACUCAGACUAAUCUAAACAAUCGGACUGUAUGUAAACAGAUCUGCAAAAUAAUGGAUUCUUCAGUGUGCAAAAAAUAAGUUGUUAGCGUAUUCACAGGUCAAAGUUAUGUUACCCAGAGUGCCACGCUGGGGGUAUAUUAACAUGAGGGAUAUUUGGGAGGAUGGACGGAGGGGGGGAUAGAGUGCUGUCCUGAUUCAGAUUUACCCCUUAUUGGGCACCCCUUACCUCUUCCUUUAUUUAUUUCUCUCCUCCACUCCAAUACAUACACAGACCCUGCAUUUAAUCAGGCUCACCCCUCCCCCUCUUACUUUAUUUUCUCUCUCCUCUCUUCUCACUGCUCAUUCCUUAUUUCAUAUGUCUUCUCUGUCUCAAUCCCCUUCCUCCUCUCUUUCCUCUCCCUCCUCCUUCUCUCUAUCACCUUUCCCAUUUUCUUUCCUCUCUUCGCUUCACCUCUCCUUUUCUCCUCUUUUUCUGCUCUUUCCUCUCUUCUCCCUUUCUCCCCCUAUCCCAGACGGAGGCAAGCUAUUGAGGUGAAGCACUCCAUCAAUCUCCCUGGAGAGAGAGAGAGAGAGAGAGAGAGAGAGAGAGAGGUGAAACGGACCCAGAAUCUUGUUUUUGGAUUAAGCAAAUAGGGGAGUGGGUAAUAUAGGGCCAUCAGGCUGCUUGGUGGGUCAUUUGUCAGUCCUUCGCACGGCCACACAAACAAGAGACAAGAGGAGAGAGAAAGUCAAUUACCACUGUCAGUGGAGAGGGGGAGAAUGAGAAAGAUAGAGGGAGGGAGCCAUAUCCACUUUCAUUAGAAGCCUAUGUAUCCUCUAGCCAGUGUUCUGCAGUGACUACCAUGGCUUAUGCAUGUGUCAAGUCACAUCCACAAACAAACCACUAGACCAUUCCAGUGUUGUGUCUGUUAGGAUAAAGACUCUGUACCUUAUUUGCUUUGGCCUCGUAGCUUAACAACUUAGCUGGCCUGUAUUUGUUUUAUCACCUAGCUCCUUCUCAUGCCUGGUUAAUAAGUACAUGCCUCUCUGGUUAUACAGUUCAUUAGUGUGAUGGCUAGCUGGCUAAUGUGUGUGUAGGGUAGGCUCCUGUCCCAUUGGAGCAAGUGCACAUAGGGGCGGUGUGGCAGAGCAAACAGUGGGGAAGGACAGAGAAGAGGAAAACAGCUUAUAAGAGAGACAAUGUGACUGGUCAUUUAGCUAAUGGCAGUGAUGUAAUAGUGAAGCCGGUGCCUCCUGUGAUUCUGUGGACUCUAGGGGCGUAGUGGUGUGUAGUGGUGUGUUAGAGCAGACGGUCACAUAGGGGGACUGUAGAGAGACCUUCCAGUGUUGUGACUGGACAUGACACACACACACAUGCUCACGUUCCAACGCAUGUCUGUAUCUGUGUGUCAUUUUUGGGUUGGCUCUGUGAUGAUUAGGCUUGACCUGAGACCUGAGACUGACCUUUGGCCUGAGGCCGGACAAGGUAUUGGCAGUGAGGUCACAGGAUUACUGUAUAGACCUUCCCCUCUUUUAAGCCAGACCCCCAUCUGCCUCCAUGGCUGUCCCAGGUCAAAUCAACCUCAUAAUGCUGUACCACAGUGGCAGGGACAAUGAGACUACCAUACUGCUGUAAUGUCAUCAGAACAGAGUGGUGGAGCCUGGCUUAGGCUACUGAGAUAAUGAACAGAGGGUUUAAUAUGGUGAUAAAGCUCCCAAAGCCCAGCCUGACCAACCGAUUGGAUUGGGCUCAAGGGGGCCCACUAGCCUCACAUCAACCCCCUUGACCCCUCACCGAGCUGGGAUCGGCACCCAAGAAGAUUUGGGGGUCUGGAUAGAAUCGGAUUAGCCAAAUGGUCCUGACGUGAUGUAAUUGCCAAGGGACUGACCCCUGUGUAACACCAUAACCAUAACAAUGCUGAAUCCUCAGCAUCUUGCCUAGUUAAAUAAAGGUUAAAUAAAAAUUAAAAUCUGAUUGGCUUACAAGGAGAAUGUUGUUCCUGAUUUCCCAGUAAGGUUCAGCUAGGGUGACACGGAUAUGUCAUGUGAGGUGUCAUAUUUAGCUAUUAGCUAAAUCUGGUCUGACACAUGUUUUCUCAGUGCUUUGAGACUUAUGUUUUUGUUGUGUAUUGUCCCUGCCAAAUAAACUUCAUAAAUAAGAAAAUAAAACAUAAAAAGGUUGUUGGUAAAUGCAUAAAAGCCCAAACCUGGCUGAGGUUGUUAUAGGGGAGGGAACUUCUAGAAAACCUGAGUUCCCGCUCGAGAAAUAAAUAAAUUGUGGAAUAAUAAAUCGCCCAGAGACAAUGGACAGGUGGCAUUUCAGGCUGCGCCGUUUAGUCGUGCAGUCUGCUUUCUGACAGCUUGAUUUAGGCACCUGCAGCCGAGCCAGAAUAAUUGAGAGAGAGAGAGACAGAGACAAACAGAGAGACCGAGAGAAACAGAGAGAAACAGAGAGAGCCAGAGAGAAACAUAGAGUGAGAUAGAGAGAGACAAAGAGAAACAGAGAAACAGAGAGACAGAGGGAGAAGGAAAAAGAAAACCAAGACACACAAAUCUUUAUUCCAUCUUCAAUUCUCAGGCCUGAACUGCACUGAUUGCAGAGGAUACCAUUCUACCACUCAAAUGGCUGCACCCAGAUCAGCUCAAUGAGGUGGAAUAAGGAGCUCUGCCCAUUCUACGUCACUGUGAGUCGUGAUGCCCAUCUGACUCAGGGUCAGGUGCGUAGAGUGGUCACAGAAGGGAUUGAGUCACCCCUCCACCGUCACAGCCACCUGUGCCUGGCCCUUUCUGAGUCAUAUAGGACUCAUUGGGGGCAAGUGGAUUAGGGUGCAGAGAGGGGGAGUUUUGGGGGAACUUUGGUGGGGGGAAGGGGGGUUGGCAUAGGGUGUCCCCCACUGAGAGAUGGGUGUAAUCCCUCUGUAUUAAAGCAGUGAAACCUUGUCAGGGUCCAGAACAUUCUCCCAAAAACCAUCCUCUUCACCCCUACCCCUUUUCAUGCCCCCCAGCAUACAGAGAGUUAGAGCAACAUGGCGGGACAACCAUACGCUUUCACAGGGUUUCCUAAAACAGAGUGCCCCCCCAACUCAAUCAACAUGUAUCAUUAAAUUCCCACAAAUAAAUAAUUGUGAUAAAAUCUUUAUUACCAAUUGGCUACAUACUAUGAAGUUCAAUACACCAAUAUUCACAAUAAAACAUUUUUCUUUUAGAUUGGCCUCUAUUUAGUUUUAGGGGUAAUAUUUUGCUGUGGUUAUGUCCCUCCUAAUCUCGAGGUCAAGCAGUGAUGAUUUUUUACCCAAUCUGUUUUAAAAGUAUUGCCAUUAGAGGACAAUUAAACAUUUACAGCUCCUGGUGUAAAGCUGGUUUAAAGCCUGUUUCAAUAAGCCCCACCUCCUCUCGCCCGCCCAAGUUAAUUUGCUCUUCCCCCUCAUUUCAAUUUCACUGUAGUAAACGUCUUCCUUAUUCCCCAUGAGGGCUUCCAUGGUGAGGUUUUGAUUGUCCAAGGGGGUGGGCUGUGGUGUUGGCUGUGGUGGAAUCGUCAAAGGGGUCGUCAAAGCCUCGGCGAUGCUUGCCGGAGUCUUAUUGCCGUGGCAAUCUGCCCCCUGCUACUUGGCCUGGGUGACCCCAGUCAGAGAUAAGCUUUAUGGGAUGGCCCAUUAACAUGCUGGGCAGGCCACCUCCCUCGUUUAUCAAAGGCGCUGCUGUGAAAUCAACUGUUUAAGGACCCCCAGUGAGAGGAUAGCGCUGCUGAUUGCCUAUAUUAGGGCCUGGCUUGUAAAUGAGGCGCCCAUAGACAAAGAACCUUCAGUAGACUAGAGAUACAUAUAAUUAUAUGCUAGUGUUAUUCUCACUAACUGAGCAAUAUAUUUAAUGACUACUGCAAUAGCCGCAAGAGGGUUGGCAUUGCAACCCCCAAACCUGAAAACUCUGGGGGAGGAUGUAUGUGUUUAUCCACGUCUUCCAUGUACAGCAUGAACCCACAGAAUACAACAAUCAAACAACACCUAUAUGACGUUACACGUAAUGAUGUUAAAAUAUAUAUUUGUCUAUGUAUGGCUAUAUAAAUGUCCACUCCCAUGAUGCUGUAUCUAAAGAACUCAAUAGUCUUCCUUUCCUUCUACCCUGUCAAGGCUUCCUAUGGUCCGGUGGAUUUCAUGUUGUUCUGUGGCUGUUUUGUGGAGAUGGACAUGUUAGCCACGUUAGCCGUGGAGUAGUGUAGCCUCAUGUUAGCCACGUUAGCCGUGGAGUAGCGUAGCCUAAUUUUAGCCACGUUAGCCGUGGAGUAGCGUAGCCUCAUGUUAGCCACGUUAGCCGUGGAGUAGCGUAGCCUCAUGUCAGCCACAUUACCCGUGGAGUAGCGUAGCCUCAUGUUAGGGAGGUGAGGCUGCUGCGGCAUGGUCCGCUUAAAGCCUGAUCACUGGUGAAGGCCUUGUCAAUAUGUCUUCCGUGAUGGAUGGUGAUGGCCCACCGCGUCUUUGUACACAACAGGGGGCCCAAAUGUUUGUCGCCUGAGAGAUAGAGGGAGGGAGGGAGACAGGGAGGGAGGGAGGGUGCGUGCGAGACUCAGCUUAAUGUCCUUCACCAGUGCUGUGCAUGUUCUCCCAACUCUGUGCUAUUUGCUUUUCCCUUCACGGCAUGGUUAACACCGUAAAUUAACCUUUCCAAUCACUCUGUGCUCAGAGUUUGGUGCACAACACAGACAGAGACAGAGAUGGAGCGAGAGAGAGACAGAGAGCGAGAAAGACACAGUGUUACACAAUGCGAUAGCACUGACUUGAGAGAGAGACAGAACAUUCUCUUUUAUGUGCAUGUCUUGUGUACUCUGCAAUAUGUCCGUAUCAAGCUGCUUUCUCUUCACCAUUCUAGAGAUGUAAAUGAAACACAUGAAAGAUGAUGUGCUGUAGAAUCCCUCCUCCUUGUAGCCCAUGUCUGUAAAUAGAAUGUAAAUACCAAACAGCUAUGCAUGCUGAUAUACUAGCAAUUCGUUCAGGUACUUUUGUAAUCCAAGAUUCUCAUUUGGCAUGUACUGAAGAAGAAGAAAAAAUCUAACAAGAAAAUGAAAUAAAAAAUAAACUAUAAAAAUGGAUACAGUUUGUUAAACAACUUCAAAAACUGGGGGAUAUAUGUCUUUGCUGUUAAUGUUUUCUUACUGAUACUUAAAAUGCGAUAGCCUGCCAUUAUUAACAGUGCUCUGCUCAUGUUACUUGUUACUUGUUAUUAUGUUCGUUAAGAUAGGGUUGAGGCAAUAUAGGCCAUGAACCUCCCGUAGGUUAGUGGAUUGUCUAGGUCGGGGUAUGAUCGGAGAGCGAGGGGAGGGGUGGAGAAAAGCUCUGACUCAUACUUAUCAUAGAUUAUUUCAACUCCAUUGCACGUUCAUAUACAUACUCUAAAAUGAAUUAUUACAUAUCCUUAGUCGCUAAUUCAGCCAAUUAAAUGCCAUGGCCAAACGGUUUCGCUUGAAAGCUACUAGUUGAGUCGGCAGGAUCUGAGAGCCAGAUUGAGCUGCUUAUUUGAUUUAUUUAACCAAAAAGAAAAUUCACCAGCUUCAAAGAGUGGGCCGCUUUUUAAAAGGUACACAUAUGUUUCUAACACGACAACACAAAAUAAUACUACAACAAAGCUCAGAAGAAGCUUGGUAGAGAACAACUUUGUAAUGUUGAUUCACUUCACUUAUAAAUUGAGUGUGUAAUUAAUUAGUUACUAAUUACUUGCAAGGAGAAUUAGUCAUUUAAAGCUUGGACUGGACGAGUCCUGUGUUUCCAGUAUGGUCUUUGCAAUGCGUGGGUAUAUUGAGAAACAAGCAAUGAUUAUCAAAAAUUCAAAUUUGCCUCGGCCCUAGCGACUGAAACGUUCUCAGAGGAUGAGAAAAGAGGAAGGUUGGUUGGAUGAGAAUGUUUUUGUUUUCUAAGAGUGUUUAUUUUCCACCAUGUUAGAAUCUGAAUCCCAUGGCGCUCAUGGUAGAUGGAAGUGUCUAAUUUUUAACCUGUGCUAAAGAUAUUUUAAAUUUAAUAAAUAAUCGUUGUAACAAGA